AGUUUGACGCAACAUUAAUGACGGUGGCAACAGCAGAUGCAUGUACAGCAGAAUUAAUUCUUUUAUCUUUUGCUGCUCUUUUUCAUACAUUAAUCAUCGACGUUAUGCUGCCUGUUCGGUAA